CAAGUACCCAAACCCUUUCGAUCUGCUCAACUACCAAACUCUGCUCCUCCCUGCUUCCGUCACGCGAGAGCACUCCACUCCCACGCGAACCCUAGCAGUGGUUCUCCCUCGGGGCCCCGCUAAGCAGCUUGGUUCCAAGCUGUAGAAGCAUCUCCGAUCCCAUCCGCGGCGGGUUGAGGCCAUCAGCUCCGGUUUCUGCAGCCGGAUUUGGGAUCCGCGAGAUGUCUUGGUCCGCGCCCGACGACAUCCUCCUCUCCACCUCCCUCGCCGGCUUCUUGGACAGUGAGUUUAUGAGAUCGCCUUCUGAGCUUGUCUAGUUUCCUAGAUGCUGAUAUUGGUCCGUAGGAGCCGAUGCGCUUAGAUUUGAUUUUUAGGGGGGUCGUAGAUCCCACUGGCCUAGUUUUCUGCUUGUGGAAGCCGUGACUCUAAGUCAUUGUGCGAAUUUCGUACCGACGAUUGCCUUCUGUGAGUGGGUUCGGAUCAAAAGCAUGCACAUUAUUAUGUGACUCUGCAAAUCCUUGUAGCAGUUGUUAGUAGGAGAAGAGGGAAGGCUCUUACUGGUUACGCAGUUAUCCAUAUUUAAUACAACUCAUUUGGUUUUGGCGAAAGAUACUAUUUUUCCUGUAACUCAGUCAAAUUUUAUCUUGUGACUGACUGACUUCCUUCAACUUUGUGAAAACUUUCAUGGGUUUAUCUGUUUAUGCAGAUAGAUACAUAUUUUUGUGUGUGUGUGUACGGUUUGUGCCAAUAUCUGAAUGCUACCAUGUGUCUGUACUGAAUGGGAUUGUCUUAUGUUUGUUGAUGGAAAUGAGGAAAUCUUACCUGGAGUUGGUUGUGCCUCGUGGAAUAUGGAGGCAGAGUUCUGAGAAACUUAUUGUCCUGCUAAGAGAUGGACGGAAACUGCUUGGCACCCUCUGCUCAUUUGAUCAGUUUGCAAAUGUUGUUCUUCAGGGUGCUUGUGAACGAGUGAUUGUGGGGGAACAAUAUUGUGAUGUUCCUCUUGGGCUGUACGUAAUCCGGGGAGAGAACGUUGUUUUAAUCGGAGAAUUGGAUCGCGAAAAGGAUGAACUCCCUGCUCACAUGACCUGUGUUUCAGAAGCAGAAAUAAGAAAGGCUGAAAAGGCAGAACGGGAAGCCAGAGAUCUGAAAGGGACGAUGAGGAAACGGAUGGAGUUCCUGGACUUCGAUUAACACCGUCACCGCGGCCGUUGCCGCUCCCCAUUGUGGCGGAAUCUUUAGUGGCGGCCUGUGUGCCAUACAUGCCUGGUGACCGCGCCGGCGCACCUUGGAUUGCUGGAGGGUUUAGCGAACAGUUUCUUUUUAACUAGCAGUGCUGUUUUAUACUCUCGUGGCCACAGACCCUUUGAGCGCCUCCUGAUACAGCUUUGUCACCACUCUGAUCAUUGCCUCGAUGAAUUUAUAUACCUGACGUUUUGGAUU